CCCUCACUCGAGCCCCUCACUGAUGAACUGCCAGUCACGUUUGGUCCGAGUGGCUGCCAUACAUAUUCACUCUCUGCUGUUUCACGGACCGAGCGCUUUCGAACCGCGGAUCGCUGACCAAGCCCUUGAUCGGUAAUGACCCCCGCCGCUCGUCUCGGUAAAAACGGUUACGCUAUGGAGGAGGAUGACUUUUAUGCCGUUAAAGGUGACAGAAAGACGCGAAAACCUUUAGUGGAGAAGAAAAGGCGAGCGCGCAUAAAUGAAAGCCUGCAGGAACUGCGGACACUGCUCGCGGAUAAUGAUCUGCAGGCAAAGAUGGAGAAUGCAGAGGUGCUUGAAAUGACAGUUAAACGAGUUGAAAACAUCCUACAGAACCGUUCUCAAGAGACUGAAACUAUGAACCGCGAGGCCAGCGAGAGAUUCGCUGCAGGUUAUAUCCAGUGCAUGCAUGAGGUGCACACUUUUGUGUCAACGUGCCCGGGGAUCGAUGCCAAUGUGGCGGCUGAGCUGCUCAAUCACCUGCUGGAGUGCAUGCCAUUAAACGAGGACCACCUUCAAGAGAUGAUCAUGGAUCUCAUAUCAGAGCCUCCCUCCUCCAGUGGAUCAUGGCCAGCCGGAGAAGCAUUGAGUCCAGGAGGCCACAGUGUAUCCGACCUGUCCUCAGUACUGUCCCCAUGCCUGUCCAACCCUUCCAGUGAGGAUCUCUGCUUUGACCUGGAGGAGACAGAGCCAGAAGCAAGCCCAGCAUCAGCUGAGGACCGCCUAAACUCCACCAUCACACACUCCAAGUUCAUGUGGAGGCCAUGGUAGAAACACUUCUCACACGACCAUAAAUGAUCAAUAUCUUUCUUCAUACUUCAUCACUUAAUCCUGAUUUGGAACAUGGUGGGAUUGUUUUCUCAUCAGAUUCUCACGAGGAAAUGGUUGGAGUUUGUGGAUUUUACAUGCACAGGUUGAUAUAGGGGAAUAUGGCAUCGUCUCACGGGUCAGAAUGGAGUGACUUUGAAAUAUCCCUCCAAUAACUUCAUAUUCAUGCAAACAUGAUGGACUUGAUCGUUUUUUUCCUCCAGAAAUGGAAUGUCUUGAUGUAUAACAGCUCUUUCAGAUAUCGAAUAGCAGAUUUUAUUUUUUAUUUUUAGAGAAAAGUGAAAGCGUCGGUUUAGGGUAGGAGGAAAGAUGUUUUGUGUCUUUGUAGACCUAGAUAAUAGUACUAAAAGGUCGCAGUUUGAGAGAUUGUCACAGAUAAGGCCUACUGUAAAUAUGGUUUUCAUGGGCUACCGUGUAGUAAUUAUAAAAUUUUAAUUUUUAAGAUUGUUUAUGUAUUUUAGGAUUUUGAAAUAAUAAAACAAAUAUUUAA